CGGCGGCGAGAUGGGGAAAAUGGCGGCGGCCCUAGGCUCUGUGGCGACGCUGGGAGCAGAACCCGGGGAGGACGCCUUUAGGAAACUUUUUCGCUUCUACCGGCAAAGCCGCCCCGGGACCGCUGACCUGGGAGGGGUCAUCGACUUCUCGGCAGCCCACGCAGCUCGCGGCACGGCUCCCGGUGCCCACAAGGUGCUCAGAUCUCAGCUAAGUGUGUCCUCAGUCAGUGAGCAUGAUGCUCAUAGAGCAGGACUUCAACCAGUCAGCAAGUGGCAAGCCUAUGGACUCGAAGGCUAUCCUGGGUUUAUUUUCAUCCCAAACCCCUUCCUCCCAGGUUACCAGCGGCACUGGGUAAAGCAGUGCCUUAAAUUCUAUUCCCAGAAACCCAAUGUAUGUAACCUGGACAAGCACAUGACUAAAGAAGAAACCCAAGAUCUGUGGGAACAGAGCAAAGAGUUCCUGAGGCGUAAAGAAGUGAAUAAACGGAGACCCCGAAGUUUACUAGAGAAACUGCGCUGGGUGACCCUGGGCUACCAUUAUAAUUGGGACAGUAAGAAAUACUCAGCAGAUCAUUAUACACCUUUCCCUUCUGACCUGGCUUUCCUCUCAGAGCAAGUGGCUGCUGCCUGUGGAUUUCAGGGUUUCCAAGCUGAAGCGGGUAUCCUGAACUACUAUCGCUUAGACUCCACACUGGGAAUCCACGUAGACAAAUCAGAGCUAGAUCACUCCAAACCCCUCCUGUCAUUCAGCUUUGGGCAGUCUGCCAUCUUUCUUCUGGGUGGCCUCAAAAGAGAUGAGGUACCCACAGCCAUGUUUAUGCACAGUGGCGACAUCAUGGUAAUGUCAGGUUUCAGCCGCCUGUUGAACCACGCAGUCCCUCGAGUCCUUCCACAUCCUGAGGGGGAAAACCUGCCUCAAUGCCUGGAAACAUCUCUCCCAGCUGUCCUUCCCAGAGAUUCAGUGGUAGAGCCCUGUUCUGUGGAGGACUGGCAGGUGUGUGCCAGCUACCUAAAAACUGCUCGUGUUAACAUGACUGUCCGACAGGUACUGGCCACAGACCAGGACUUCCCUUUGGAACCCAUGGAGGAGAAAAAGAGACACAUCGCUACAGGUUUUUGUCAUCUGGAAGAUGAGACUAGCCAAGUAAAAUGGGCCAGGUUAAACCCUGACAGCUGAGAAUUGGGGAUCACAUUCUUUUAGUUAGGCAGAUCUUACAGUAAAUAACCAUGCCGUGGACUUCAGCACCAAGACAAGCCACAAACAGAGACAGGGAAAACCUCAUCAUGAAUCACACUGUUGCCUUGAAACUUAUCUCAAAGAGUAAACUAAUUAACCACUUUGCCCGGAGAAGUAUUUGACAUAAUGCAAUCCUAGAUAAGUAUUGAUACUAAAGUCUGUUGCGAAUUCCAAGGAGGUAUGACCUUCACGACAGUCUUCUCAGCAUUUUCUGCUACCUCUGAGAGAGGUAGAAAUGAGUCUCUAUGUCUGUGGAGUCUUUAAAUACCUCAGAUUUAGAUGAUAUUAAUGGGAAGCAGUGCCCCUCCCCUCACUGCAUCUGGUGACUUGUGGUUCUGUGAACCAGUCGUUAGUCUCACCUUAACUCUUCAAAUCAUUCUUUGAUCUUCUUUGCAAUCUUUCUUUGAAAUUCUUUGCCAGAAAGAUUGCAAAGAAUCCUAUGCACGUUAAGACAUUGGAACUGGAAAUCUCAUCCCCUAGAAAAGAAAUAAUCAAAGCUAGCUCUCUUGUCUAACAGGUAAAUAUAUGUAAUCCAAGCAGAGAGGAACAGGAGUUUCUGCAUGUGUCUUCCUUGAGGUCUCCACACUCCCUGUUGGUGUUAAUGCAAUUUUAACUGUUGGACUAAAAAAUCCUGAGUGUAUUGUGUCAACUCUUUUCUACGUGAAUAAACUUACUCAAAUUUAAA